AUGGCUGAGCUGCGCCCACUGCGGGACGAGUUGGCCGCAGCUGCGUCAACGAUCACCAGGAUCAGCCAGGAUCUUUCCGCAGGCUUGGUGAAGGCCGAUGAGGGCGCAGCGUCGUUGAGGACGAAGGUGGCCGAACUAGAAGCGGAGCGAUCCUCCAUGCUGUUGCGUCUCCAAGCCCUGGAGACGCGGAACACGGAGCUUUGCAAGCUGCUGGAACGAAAUCAACCGGAUCUCACCGGAGCAAUCAGGGCCCGCGAUGCUGCAUUGAAGAAGCUACACCUGAUGAGGGAGGUCGUCCACGACCUUAUAGAUGAACGGAGACAGGCUGCAGGGGCAACAGGUCAAGCAGGGCGGCGUCAUCACUCCCAACAGGCUGGCCACGGCGACAGUAGUGCCAGCUCCGGCGGAGAGUCGUGGGGCAGCUUGAAAUUGACAGAUGUUGAGUCUUCCAUGGGUGAGGAUAACGACGAUGUGGCGAGAGGGGCCGAUGAAGAUUCGGCAACGGUAACGGGAGUAACGAAUGACGCAGUCGAGUCAAGUGCCAGCGCAGGCAAAACAAGCACGGACACGGGGCAACGGUCGGCAUUGUCGAACAUUGUGAACCAAAGUGAUGGUUUGAAUAGCCGUGAUUCCAGGAUAGCCAUGACAAGCUCUACCAGAAAGAGCACGGUCUUGACGAACUCGACAAAGGCGAACAUUCUUGAGGCGACUGGACGAAAGCCUGAAGAACGUCCCGUUGAGACAUCCGCAACCAGUGUCGCGAAAGAGAUCAAGCCCGGCCGUAGAGUUGCCAACUGCGGUCCUUCCAAGGUAUCCAAACGCGACACGAAGUCGGGAAGAGUCAUCAAGACCAUCACCCCAGAUGCCCCGAAGACCAGUCCCCCAGAGAUUGGUUGGUAUCUUGAAUUCAAGAAGCCGCCGGCGACGGCCCUUCGGCCUCUAGGACCUCUCACCUUCCAAAUGCUGAAGGACCGGCUGGCACUGGACGAUGACACGAUGCUUCGCAUCGAGAGCUGGGGAAGCGAAACGGUGAACGCGAACGUCAAGAGGUACCUCACGAACGGCUCUGAGCGACCAGGCGAUGCUGUCUUCCAGUUGUUUGACGCAUGGUACUAUCUGGGCGGACACAAGCUUCUCGCGUCUGACGUGCCGUCGAUCUGGCACACAACGUCGAAUACACAGGAUAAGCGCGAGUUGAUUGAGGGCCUGCGAGAGCGAUGGACGUGGCUGGACGCACCAAACGCGGAGCAGGUAGCACGUCGCGUCGAGACGCAUGAGCUGGGACAGUGCUCGAUCGAGCUGCAGAGCGAGGGACUGCAGGAGAGAUCCCAGGCGUUCGUGCGGCAGCAUUUCUCGUCGAAGUAA